AAAAAAAUAUACUAAAGUAGCAAGAUUUAAAUUUCAAAAUUCAAGUCCAGUAAUUGCGAAUAAAUCUAACAAGUGAUUGUGUGUGUUAAGAAAUGUAAGAAUUACCUAAGAAUUUGUUCACUACACACUAAAGUUUUGUGUACAUUGUGCAAUAAAAACAUUAAGUCACAUAAGAACCUCUGAUAAAAUAAUAAUUGCGUAAUAUUUAUCGUAAACAAGUUAUACAAUUUGCAUACUCGAUUGAAAACAAGCUGAGUAUUAACAUUAAUAAUCUAGUUCGCCUUUAUACUUGGUUUUGAGUGGUCCGUCAGUUGAGGUGAAGUUAUAAAUAAAUAAACAGCAAUGUCUGGCUUUGAAAAUCUAAGCGAACGCGAUCGCGCUGUACUCAGAAGUAUCUUUGAUCCCACGGCAACUAUUGGUGAUGUAGUCGACGAUGGUGAUCAUUUCCUGGAUGGUGAAGAUGCCGAUGUUAAUACGGAGGCAAAGUCGUUGUGCAUCAGAGGCGUUCAGUUAGCUGAAGCUGGAAAGUUAGAAGAGGCCUUAGAGUUACUGAACAGAAGCAUUGACAUCGCACCUGAACGUGCACCUGGUUAUAACGACAGAGCCCAACUCUACAGGCUCUUAAAAAGAGACGACGAUUCGUUAAAAGAUUUGGAACGAGUCCUUCAGUUGACACAAGGUAAGGACGGUCGCACACGCGCGCUCGCUCUGUGUCAGCGUGGCGUUCUUCUGAGGAAGCGUGGGGCUGAUGAUGCGGCCCGCGCCGACUUCGCUGAGGCCGCCAAGCUUGGCAGCGGUUUUGCCAAGAAACAAGUGGUCGAGUUAAAUCCAUACGCUGCCCUCUGCAAUCAAAUGCUAAGUCAAGUAAUGAGAGGCGAAAAAGAUAUUAAAUUAUGAAUGGUUGACGUCCAAAUAAAAAUAUAAAUUUACAUUUA